AUGGACAGGGACUCGUUGGAUCCCAAGGUGUGCGCCUGCUGCUGCAGCCUCGCAGCGGAGGAGGCGGAGGAGCAUGCCCGCCUGGACCAGACUGAAAUGACGUUGAGUCUGCCACGCAGGCUACGGGAUAUUCGCAUCGCCUCGCGCUCGUGCGUCAUCUGCGCUGUCUUCUUGGAGGUCCUGUCAUUUUUCGGCGUGCCUUGCGAUGCCUACGACCGCACCGAGGUCACCCUGCUAUUGCCCAUCGGCCCCGGCAACAUUCAAAUCGCCUUUCGCGCUCGCGGCGCACGCUCGGUUGCGCAGCUGUAUUCCUCAGCGAAACUACGCAGCCCUUGGCAGCGCGUGCUUCCGCUCCCCGAUGUCUGCACACAUCAGCUGUCGCCGCAAGGCAGAGGCUUUAUCACUACGUGCUUGCAGACCUGCCUGCAAAGUCACCCUGUAUGCAGGGCAGUGACGACGUGGAACCACAAAGUUCCGCAGAGGCUCCUCUACGUCGGACGCAGCGGCGACGAAGACGUCCUGCGCCUGGUGGACACGGCGGGCACAAGCCCAGGUGCGUACACCGCGCUGAGCUACAGUUGGGGAGGGGCCGUCACGACAAAGACGACGCGUGCAAACAUGGCCGAGAUGAAGCAGCACAUCAGGCUGGCGGACUUGCAAGACACGCUUGUCGAUGCAGUGGUGCUCACCCGAGCACUCGGCGUGGACUAUCUCUGGGUGGACUCGCUUUGCAUCGUGCAGGACUCCAUUGAGGAUUGGGAGCGUGAGUCAGCCAAGAUGGCGUCUGUAUACGCCAACGCUCUGAUUACCAUUGCGUCCGUCUCCUCAACGUCGGCGGCUGUAUUCGCCCGCACGGUGCAGACGGAGCCGGAGCCCGCCCUCAUCAAGGCUCGGCUCAUUGGGCAAUCCGGUAUCCACUGGCGCUGGCAAACCAACCCCGACGAGCGCGCUCCGAAGGAGCCGUGGGCGCAGCGCGGGUGGACGCUACAGGAGCAGGUACUGUCCUCGCGGCUGCUGAUGCUCUCGGCGACCGAGAUGCAAUGGGUCUGCAAGCAAGCCGAGACGUGCGAGUGCUUGUCGACGCUGAACCGCCGCCGGCAGUUUGGCCGCACCCCGCUGGCGCAGCUCGACGCCGCCGCCGAGACGUUUUCCUUUUGGCACAAGCUCGUCGAAAACUACAGCAACAGGGCCCUGUCGCGGAGCGGCGACAGGCUGCCGGCCAUUUCGGGCAUCGCCGAGGUCGUGCAGCAAAAGACGCGGUCCCGCUACGUGGCCGGCCUGUGGGAGGACAACAUCGACCUGGACCUGCUGUGGCACAAGACGGGCGACUUGGAGACGGCGGGGGACCGCCACGACCCGCGCGCGCCGUCCUUUUCGUGGGCGUCGGUCGACGGCGAGGUCGACUACUACUGCUUCCGCAACGGCCAGCUGCCGUACCGCAAGUUGACGGAUGUGCUGUCAGUCGAGAGCCAGCCGAGUCCGCACGCGCCGCUGGGCAGGGUCGCGGGUGGCAGACUGACGUUGCGCGGACCGGUGAUUGCAAGCCGCAUCACGCGCUACUCCGAGGUCGGGUGGGCGGCCAUUGACGUCGGGGGUCGUACGCUAGAACUGAUUCUUGACUCGCAUCUCGAAUACAUCAUGACGGAGAAGAGUGACGACGAUGCCGAGCGCGUUGCGUGUCGACGCCGGAGGGAGGGCCAGGCGGGGGUCGAGCCGCUUGCCCUGCCAGGUCAAGAUGUCAGGACUGUCCGCUUGCUGUCGCCAGGUAUCCGAUGCUGGGUCCUCGUGCUCGGCGAGUUUGAAUCGGAGCAUGAUAGAAGCGCGGAGCUGGGUGCGGAGCUGAUGGUGUUGGGCAAGUCUGCUGCACAGCCGGGAUGGUACCAGCGCUUGGGCAUGGUGUCAGAUAUCGUGCGAGGAUUGAACAGUGUUUUUGGACCGGAGACGGUUUCAACCAUGACGCUUUGUUAA